CUGGCGUCGUUGGAGGAGAGUCUCGAGCUGCUGAGGGACCGCUGCUGCCAGCUCGCUCGCAGUUGCAACGACUUCGCGGCAUCCCUGGGCGAGUCGUUUGAGGCUGAGAGUAACUUCGUGCAUGCCAUGGAGCGAUUCUUUGGAGCUCCCGAGGACGCCGUCAGCAUCGCCACUGGCGGCCCAGUGCUGGGGCAGUUCGUGAUGACGCUGCGCGACCUCACCAUAUUUAAGGAGACACUUAAAUCACAGAUGGAGCACGUGCUGCAUGACAGGAUCACCAACUUUGUGGAGAACGAUCUCAAUAACCUAAAGGAGGUGCGGCGGCGCUAUGACAAGGCUGGGCGGCAGUAUGACCAGAUGCGGGAGCGCUUCCUGUCGCUCAAGAAGGGCAUCAAGGCUGAAGUGGCGGCGGAGGCCGACGAGGACCUGCAAACGGCUCGCAUGCAGUUUGAGCAGGCGCGCUUCAACCUUAUGACAGCGCUGAGCAGUGCAGAGGCGAAGAAGAAGCACGUGUUCCUCGAGUCUAUUGGCUCUGCUGUGCACGCCCACCUGCGCUACUUCAAACAGGGCUACGAGCUGCUGCAAGCAGUGGAGCCGUACAUCCAUCAGGUCCUCACGUUUUCUCAUCAAGCACAGGAACAGGCCAAUCAGGAGCAGACGGAGCUAGCAGAGCGGAUCUACCAGUUCCGGCGCACGCAGGAGGAGGAGAGCGCACAGCUGGAGGCAGCCCACACGCACGCGCAGGCACAGGCGCUGGCGCACGCACAGGGGCGGGGAGGCGGAGGGCGCAUGUCUGGGGCUGGUUUGGGGGGCGCAGAGGGAGCGGGGGGCGGGGAGGGGUUUGGGCAGGGCCGGGGGCCGUAUAGGCCUUCAGGAGGCGUGACGUCCAGCAGUGUGGAGCAGAUGAUGCGUGCUGGCGCUGGUGGGCAGAGAAAGGUGCAGGUGAUCAAGCAGGGGUACCUCGUGAGGCGCACUGCUGCCGCCCGCUCGCGCCACUUCUUUGUCCUCGAUUCAAGGGGCUCCCUUUACUAUCACAAGGAUGCUCAGAACGCACGCUCCGACACGCUCUCCUCGCUCUUCUCCCUCGUCCGCGCUCGCACCACCGACGCCACCCCUGCCGCCCCGCCGCCCGCCAACCCCAUGGCCCAGCACUACCGCCCGCUCGGCCUGGGCGGCAGGGGCAGCGGCGGGGGGCACGGGGAAGAGGGCGGGGACGAGCAUAGCACAGACGCAAUGGGCAUGGGCAUGGGGGCGGGGAUGGGGGGGAUGGGGAUGGGCGAGGAGGAGGAGAGGAGCCACGCGCUGCAGUACGAGUCGCUGAAUCUGCUGACUGCCACGAUCAAGAUGGACGCUGAUGAGCCCGACCUGCGCUUCUGCUUCCGCCUCGUCACCCCCGACUGCACGCACACGCUGCAGGCGGAGAGUGCAGCGGAGCAGAGGGAUUGGAUGGAGAAGAUCACGGCUGUCAUUGCCUCGCUGCUCAACUCCCACACCACCGCCCAGCCGGCCCCAUCAGUGGCCGACUUAACCAUCUCCCACCGGGCAUCAUCACCAGACGGGCAGGCAGCAGCGCUGCCCAUAGUGGAUCGACCACUGGAGGUGCUGGGCUAUGUCAGCGGCAACGACCGCUGUGCCGAUUGCAGCCGGGCGCACCCCGACUGGGCGUCACUCAACCUCUGCGUGCUGCUCUGCAUCGACUGCUCUGGCGUGCACCGCAACUUGGGCGUGCAUCGUUCCAAGGUGCGCUCGUUGACACUAGAUGUGAAGGUGUGGACGGCACCACUGGUGCGGCUGAUGGCCAUAGUGGGCAACGACUUUGCCAACAGCGUGUGGGAGCAGCAGCUCAAGGACGUUCAGGGGGGGAGAGAAGGAAAUGCAGGCUCUUCAGGCCGUGCCCUGACACGAGUGGAGAGCGGGGAGGGCGAGGGAGAGGACUACAUCCUAUUGGUCAACGAUGGAGGGGCGUCAAUGCUCGCUUCAGCAGCAGCAGCGCCUGCUGUGAUGCACAAGCCGGCAGACACGGACUCGCUGGCAGUGAAAGAGCGGUACAUUCACUGCAAGUAUGUGGAGCGCCGUUACCAAGCGCCCGCCACCGACAACCCCUUGACCGCGCUGCACCACCUGCGAGCAGCAGUUGCCUCCUGUGACGUGCGCUCCGCCUUCCGCCUCCUCGUCACCGCGCCCGUCGACGUCAACGCUGAUGUGGUCGGGGUCGUCGCCAGCACGGCGCCAGCUGGACCGGGGACCACAAGAGGCGGUGCGGGGAGAACGGGGCAGAGGCUGCUGCAUGUGGCGUGUGAGAGGGGCGACGAGGCGAUGGUGGAGCUGCUGCUGCUGUGGGGAGCGGUGGUGAAUGUGACCGAUGCUGAGGGCCGGACGCCCAUGCAAGUGGCGCUGCAGCAUGGCAACCAUGGAUGCUCCAAGCUGCUUGCUAGCAGGUGUGUAGUGCCUCCAAAGGUGGGACAGACAGUGUUGAUGUAG